ACCGUGCAGUGAACGUGUUCUGUCCCCUCCGUCCUCGGACUCCAUGUGGCCGUGCUGAAGGUCUGGCCAGUUUUUUCAGCGAGUUCCACAAUUUGGAAGAGAAUCGGCUACGAUGUUGUCCGUUUCAAGAAACGUCCAUCGGAGUAUAUGCGGGAUCACAUCCAAAAUAGUUAAUGGCAACAAUUCGAAAGUUGCACAGAAAUUUUUAAGGCAAGGUCGAAAUACUCAUUCUGAUGCCCGUAGCCGAUUAUGUCUUCUAUCAUCUUCGAAAUGUCUCUCAACAUGCCAUAUUCGCUGUCAGAAGAUUCAAUGGGCACCACAAUCUCGUUCCUUCCAAACAUCUCGUGUCUUUUAUCAAGAAUCACAAAUAGUUAACUGUCCCGCCUUCCCCGAAUCUGUAUCUGAAGGAGAUAUUAGGUGGGAAAAGGCUGUUGGAGACCAAGUAUCUGAGGAUGAAAUAGUCUGUGAAAUUGAAACUGACAAGACUUCAGUUCCUGUGCCCUCACCAGCUUCCGGCAUUAUUGAGGAGCUUUUUGUUGAAGAUGGCACAACUGUCAAAGCAGGUGUCAAGCUUUUCAAGCUUAAGCUUGUGGCUGGAGGAGUCAAGAAAGCUGCAGCGCCUGCCGCUGCCGCACCUUCACCAGCUGCUGCGGCUCCCCCGCCACCUCCUCCACCUCAGCCAGCCGCAGCUGCAGCUGCCCCUCCUCCACCACCACCACCUGCUGCUGCUGCCCCUCCACCAGUUCCUCCCCCUCCACAGGCGCCAAUGAGCUCCAUCCCUGUCGCUGCUAUCCGACACGCUCAGUCUAUUGAGGCUGCUACGGUGAAGGUUCCCCCUGCAGAUCCCACCAAAGAAAUCAGCGGCACUCGCACUGAGCAACGAGUUAAGAUGAACCGAAUGAGGCUGCGCAUUGCUCAACGACUCAAGGAAGCCCAGAAUGUCAAUGCCAUGCUUACAACUUUCAAUGAACUUGACAUGAGUGGCAUUAUGGAAUUUAGAAAACAAAACCAAGAAGCUUUCCAAAAGAAGCAUGGCAUUAAAUUAGGUUUCAUGUCAGCUUUUGUGAAGGCUGCUGCCUAUGCACUUCAAGAUCAGCCUGUGAUCAAUGCUGUGAUUGAUGGCAAUGAAAUUAUCUACCGUGAUUAUGUUGAUAUUUCUGUGGCUGUUGCCACCCCUAAGGGUUUGGUGGUCCCAGUUCUUCGUAAUGUUGAAAGCAUGAAUUACGCUGAAAUUGAGCUGGCUAUGGCUGCAGUAGCAGAAAAGGCACGCAAGGGCGCUUUGGCUGUUGAAGACAUGGAUGGUGGUACUUUCACUAUUAGCAACGGUGGUGUGUUCGGUUCCCUUAUGGGUACUCCCAUCAUAAAUCCUCCUCAGUCAGCCAUUCUUGGCAUGCAUGGUACAUUCGAGCGACCUGUGGCAAUCAAGGGCCAGGUUGUCAUCCGCCCCAUGAUGUACAUUGCUCUUACCUACGAUCACAGACUGAUUGAUGGUCGUGAAGCUGUUCUCUUCUUGCGCAAGAUCAAGGCAGCUGUAGAAGAUCCACGUAUCAUAGUUGCGGGUCUGUAAUUUAUUAUCGUGUUCAUAAAAACCUCAGUUUUUAUUUGAAAAUGUAAAGAAUGGAGAAUUGUGUGACACAGUCCUACUUCCCUCAGUGGAAAUCCAACUCUAGAAUUUUUUAAAUUUUUUUCUGUUCCUCUUUUUGAUUUGGAUACCCACUGCCUGAAGAUGUCAUGUGGCUUCUUUCCUUUCUUACAGUAGAACAAUUUCUUAACCAAACAGCACGAAUUUGCUUUUGUAUAUGAUGGUAUUCGACAUUGUAUGCUUUAAAAAAAUAAACGUACUCAUGUCACUCUGAGUUUCAUGAGCUCAACUAAGUUAGUACUGUAAUUAAAAAAUAAAAGACUUUGUUGCUAUGAAUGAUUCAGGUUUUGAUGGAUCACAUACUUGUGUUGUUAUCUGCACUUUUGCAGGACAGAAGUGGAGAAUGAACUUCCUGUGUGAUAUCACUGUUUUACCAAAUAUUUCUUUUCAACUAGGGCUGCCAGUAUUUUAAACUUUUACUUCUUUAAAAUGUGAAUUCUCUUUGUUACAGUAUGUAUAUUUCAAUAGAAAGUAUGUUGCUUGGUCAUUCUGUAUAGUAAUAAUCUCAUGAUUGGACAUAAUUAAUUGUACUGUAAGUGAUACCACGUGGCUAUGUAAAUUUAUCUACCACACAACAUGAAAAUAAAAACAUUUCCAUCAAAACUUA